AUGGAAAACACAGUCUUUAUAGAGCGCCUGAAAAGUUCUCAUCAAAAUGCUUUAGAGGAUAUUGACAAUGCUGAGUUUAAGGUAGAUUUACUAGCAUUAAUUCAUAGCUCAACCAAAAAGGGACUAUUAAAUCCAAGCAAUAAAAGUUUUUCUUAUAGCAAUCCUUACCUUGAAAAAACAGUAGGAAAGCUAAAUAGCUUACUUCCAAAAGGAUCAGAUAGCUUCAAACUAAAUAUUUUUGAAUCAAUAAUAAGAAACUUAAAAUCAGGCAGUCUUGCCCUAAAUUUACCAACUACUCUUGUAAGACUUGAAAACUGCUUAAAACCAUAUUUAAUACAAACAAAUCCUUCAGGGAAGGUUUAUUUCAAAGAAAGCAACGAUCAUGAAUUUUUUAGCAUUUUUAAUUUAAAAUCUAGCACAGAAGAAGCGCUCUUUUGCUAUAAAAUUCCAUAUAAAGGCUUUGUAUCAAUAUAUAAUAAAGAUGAAACUGAGUCAGCUUGAAAAUUAUCGAUAGAGGAAUGCGAUAUAAUGCAAGAGUUUAUUAAGUGCAGGACUAAUCAAAUAUCAAUCACUCGAGUUCUAUGAAGACUUGGGCAGCCAACAAAGUAUUUUACUAUAAUAAAAAGAAAUAAAAUAAAAAGCCGUCCAAGAAUUAACCCAAAAAUAAAUUCAGCAAAUAAUAAAUUCCAUAGGAAAAACACCUCAUCAGAAUAUGCAAAUUUCAAAUACACAGAUUUUCUGCAAAAAACAUCGCAAUCAAUUAAUAAUCCUUUUAGAGUCCAGCAAAGAGGAAAAGAAAGGAGCAAAUCCUUAGUCCCCCCAUGAAAAAAAAAAUUUAUUCACUCACGGAGAGGUGUUAAUUUUUAAAAAAGUUUAUAUAUAAAUAAAUUUUUUAUAAAAUUUUUUUUCGAAAUUUAAAAAAAAUCCUUAUUUGCAAAAAAUUGGAAAGCAAAUAUUAAUUUAAUUUGUAAAAUUACGUUUUCAAACGCAAUUUGUUAAAAAUUAAACAGAAUUAGCUCGAGAUUUCAUUAUACUAAUUAUCAUUUAUAUAUCAAUUUUUUUUACCAUAAAAAAUUUUUGUGGGUUUUUUUGGUAAAAAAUGUAUUUUUCUAAUGGUUUUGUUCACUCACGGAGGGGAAGAGUUAGUUGUUGGGAAGUCAAGAAAGGAAAAAAAAGAGCAAAAAGAAGAAUCGCAAUUUUUAAAUGACGAUAAUACCCUAGAAGAAAUUAAUAAUGAAAUAGAAAAUGAAACCAAGCUAAUUUUGACAACUGAAAAGCCUGAAGAUUGCUUUACAUUUGACUAUAAAGCUAAAACUACAGAAAUUGAAGGAAUGAUUUCUCAGUUAGUUGAGUUUUUAAAUAGUAAGGUGUUGGCGAAUAAAGAAAUUUCUGGAAUUGUGCUUGACUUUAUACAAAGCAAAGACAAAAAAUGAUUUCUACUUGAUUGCAAAGAAUGCUCAAUUGAAAGCAAAGACACAGAAGGAUUAAAAAGAAAAAACUCUAAAGUUAUCCAUCAUCAAAGAACACAGAGUAAUCCUGAACUAAAAAUUAAUAUUUUAGAAGAAAACGAACCAAAAGAAAGCAAUUUUAUUCAAAAAACAGAAAAUAUGCCAAAUGAUGUUUUUAGAAGUAUCAAACCAAGGCAGCUAUCUCUGAAAAAGUCAAAAAUUUGCCCAGCUAUCGAAAUAUCAGAGCCCAUUGAAAAAGAUUUAUUUAAAAGAUACUCUCAAGUAUCAGAAAAGAUCGAUAAAAUUAUUGAAAAAAAUCACCUUCCUCCAAUCUCAAACUGUUCAAUUAAAGAUCAAUGUAUCAACAUUUACAAUGAUCGUAUAAAUUCAAUAUCACAAAAAUCAAAAUCACAGACUCCAUCUCCUAACGAGUCAGACUAUUUAAAACCUUCAUUUCCCUGCCUGCAACACAAUUUAUUAUCAAGACACAAAGCUCAACGAAAUAAACCGCUAUGAAAUGAUGAAAGUCAUGCAUUCACCAAAAAACACUAUUCAGACAUUGUAGAAUUGUAUGAUGAAAUGAAAUUAAAUUCCAAGAAUACUUCUUUGAACCAAAAUUUCGUUUCUAAAUAUGGAGGAGAUGAAUUUUGAAAUAAAUUCGUUGUAAAACUCUUUCAAAAAAUUAUUUCAGAAAACAAAUUAAAUAAACGUUUUGAAGAUUCGAAUCAAAAAAUGAUUUUAUCAGGGCUACGAAAUGUUUUCAGUGGAAAUGUGUCACUUGAGUUUAGAAGGUCUAUUAGAACGAUUCAUCAAAAUUUAGGAAUUUUAGAAGAAGAGUUUAAUUUGUUUCUUGAUAAAAUGGAAGAAGCACUUGAUGAAUUUCGAAUAGAAGAAAAUGAUAAAGUUUUUAUUAUGUCACAAAUCAGAUCAAUGAUAUGUUUGGUAUGCAAAUCACAUUAA